UGCCGAGCCACAACUCCCGCCACCUGGGUUCAAGGGAAGACCCCGCCCACGCAGUUCGUCGUCAGUGACGUCACCGCGUUGCCGCGCUCGCCGCGCUCGCCGCGCGGAGCCCAGCGCAGACCCGCCGCGAGCCCAGCGCAGGCCGGCCCAGUCACCUCUUGUUCCUCGGCACUGGCGGAUAAGAUUUCUGAAGAAGAGUCUUUAAGCAGUAUUUCCAUUAAACCUGGUACUGAUGAUUCAUGGCUUACAUCAGAUGCUGAAGACUUAAAUUUUGGUAUCCAGGAAGGAGAGGUGCAGCUGGCAAUUGGAAAACAGGAUGAUGGUAUUAGUAUUACUGAAAGUGCUCCACAAGAGCUUAACGACAGUCUGACUUCUGCUGAUAGAGCAUACAAAAGUAAUAGUAGUGUUAUGAUGUCAGCAUUAGGAUUAGGAGAAGAGGAAGAUGGAGAAUCACCUUGGGAUUGUGAGAGUAUUUCUGAGAGUCUUCCAAAGAAAAACAUUAAACGUUUAUCUGGAGCUGCGGAUCAGAAAGGACCACGUAUAUUAAAUGAAGAAGUAGAAGAUUCUCCUAAAAUAUAUCCUUACGUGAAGCCUACCGUUGAAGUGAAAGAUUCCGUUCCUACUAAAACAGUAGAAGUGAAGGAAAAACAAACAUCCAAAUCAGCUUUGUCCAGUUGGAAGUCUUCAGUGUGUUUGGCUCACAGUACUGUGUCUUGUCAAAGAUCCAGGGCUUUGAGAGUUGAUGAAUGCCCAUCUGUAUCACACUCGGUGACCCAAAAUCAGUCAGCAUCCAGAGGAUUUGGACAGACGACCUUCAUAGAGAAAGAAAAGAUUAAUGAUAUUGGAGUUGUGUUUCUGUUAGAGAAUUAUAAACUCCAUGACCUGUAUAAAUCACAGCUACAAGAAAGCAGAGAGCACAAACAAGAUUUGCCAGCAGAACUAGACUUAGAAAGGACAUCAGAGGAAGAGCAAAAAAGACUUGAUGAAAGUGAAAAUGACCACCUACAGAUAAAUGAAGAAAAGAGGAGACACCAAAGUAAUGGGAUGGCAGUAUUCGAAAACGUGUGUGUUGUCGCUGCUGCUGCUGCUGGACUAAUUCCACAAAGAGAGAGUGGAAAAACUGAAAACCACCUCUUUCCUGUUGGGAAAAAGGAAGAUUCUGAUGGUAGUGAUCCUGGUUUGCAUAUGAAGGAAGUAAGGAAAGAUGAAAAUGAAAAAUGGACAUCAAAAGUAUCUGUGAUUACGCCAGGGCUUGAGAAGGCCGAUUCCCUAACUUCGUGUCCACUACAAGUGAAUGAUGAGAGCACUUCAGGUGAAAUGGAUCAGGAUGAAGGAAGACCUGCAAAGAAAAGAUCUCAUGAAAAGAAAGAGGUCAAAAAGGAAAUGAAUUUUAUGGAUGACCUUGACUUAACUGAGUCAUCUGGAACAGCUUCAGAGGAUUCCAAGUUGCCUUGCUCUAAUUAUAUGAGUUGCGUGUCGCUACCUGCACAAGUUGGCAAGGAUUGUAAAGAUUCUGCUACUUUACUAAAAAGCCAGGAUGAGAUUCUUUCGUAUAAAAGAUUAGUAGAACUUAAAAAAAAUCACUGUGAACAACUUAAAAGAAAAAAUAAAAAAAUGGAAAAUAAGGUUAAUGGACUACAAAAGGAGCUAUCAGAAACAAAAGAAUUGAAAUCGCAGUUGGAGCAUCAGAAAGUGAAAUUGGAACAAGAACUUGGCCCUUUGAGAUUCACUUUAAAACAAGAAAAAGAGAAAAGAAGAAAUGCUGAUAUAUUAUAUGAAAAAAUGAGGGAGCAAUUCAGAGAAAAAGAAGAGCAGUAUAAUAAAGAAGUCGAAAUGAAACAACAACUUGAACUUCCUCUUGGAACACUAGAUGUGGAAUUGAGGAUUGUAAGAAAUAAUUUGGAUCAGGUUGUAGAAGAGCGAAAUGACGCUAAGUUACAACUUUCUCAAGAACAGAAUGCCAGAGUAUUACAAGAUGGAAUUCUAAAGAAUCACCUUUGCAAACAAACGGAGAUUGAAGUGGCUAAUAACAGAAUGAAUUCUGGGAUUUCUAAUAGUCAUGAAAAAGAAGAAGAUCUGUUGCCUAAAACCCACAUGUGGGAGGAUGAAAUUGCCAUGCUAAGACUGGAUAUAGACACAAUAAACAAUAAGAACCAGGAAAUGGAAAAGAAAUAUUGUGAAGGCAUUGAAAGUAUAAAAGAAAAGAAUGUCAGUCUUCAAGAGACCAUAAAACUGAAGGAGGAAACAUUAACAAAAACACUAUUAGAAUAUAGUGGACAGAUUAAUGCUCUGACCACUGAGAAUACAAUGCUAAAGUCUAAACUGGAGAAUGAAAAGCAAAACAAAGAAAGACUGGACAGAAAAGUUGAAUCUUACCGAGCUAGACUAGCUACUGCUAUAGAGGAUUAUGAUCAAAAUCAGGCAUCAAAAAGAGACCUAGAACUUGCUUUCCAGAGAGCAGAAGAUGAAUGGUUUCGUCUGCAGGACAAACUGAAGUUUGAUGUGUCUAACCUAAAAGAAAACAAUGAGCUUCUUUCUCAAAACCUUUCUAAAGCUGAAAGUAAAUUCAAUACUCUAGAAAUUGAGCUCCAUCACACAAGAGAUGCUCUCAGGGAAAAGACUUUAGCUUUAGAAUGUGUGCAAAGAGACCUAAGUGAAACACAGUGUCGGAAAAAGGAAAUGGAACACAUGUAUCAAAAUGAACAAGGUAAAGUGAAUAAAUACAUCGGAAAGCAGGAAUCCUUAGAGGAGAGAUUAUCUCAACUACAAAGUGAAAAUAUGUUGCUUCAACAGCAACUAGAGGAUGCUCACAACAAAGCUGCCAGUAAAGAAAAUGUCGUAAUUAAUAUCCAAGACCAGUUUCAGGAUAUCAUAAAAAAACUUCAAGCUGAAAGUGAAAAACAAGGUCUUUCGCUGGAAGAAAGAAAUAAAGAGUUAAUCAAUGAAUGUAAUCUUUUAAAAGAAAGAAUGUAUCAGUAUGAAAAGGAGAAAGUAGAAAGAGAAGUAGCUGUGAGACACCUUCAACUAGAACUGGCUGAUGCCCUAAAAAAACAAUCUAUGUCAGAGGCUUCACUGGAGGUUACAUCACGUUGCCGUAUUAAUUUAGAAGAUGAGACACAGGAUUUGAGGAAGAAAUUAGGUCAAAUCAGACGUCAGUUGCAAGAAGCAGAAGAUCGACAUGCAGAGGCUGUAAGAUGUAUUGAAACGUUGAAAGAUCACAUGCAAAAGCUUGAAGUUGAAAAUGACAAGUUAAAAGUUAUAGUCAAAGAACAAGCGGGCAAAAUUGAAGAACUUCAGGAAAACCUGUUAAGUACAAGUUCGUCUGAUGAUGAAGAGGGACAGAUAAAGAAAUUUAUUGAGUUGAAACAAUCUCUGGAAUGUAGUUUCGAUCAAGAAAUGAAGAAAAAUGGUGAAUUAGAAAAAGAGAUUACUAGAUUUAAGAAACUCUUAAACGUGACAAGAAGAAAGUUAAGUGAAUAUGAAGAUAGAGAGCUUACUUUCCCUGGAAGUUCAAAAACCAGUCAAAUUGAAAUGGAUAGUCAGAUUAAUAUGCUAAAACAGAAGGUUGAUGAUCUUACAGCAAAACUGGAAAGUGCAUCUUCAAAAUGUCUAUACCUGGAUGCAAAAAACCAGCUUCUUACCCAGGAGUUAUCAUCUAUGAAGGAAAUGCAGAAGAAAUAUGAAAAACUAGAGAAGAAUAAAAAGAAGUUGGAACAACAAGUAGUGCACCUCAGAAGUCAUUUAGAACUCAGUAUGGUAGAAUACAGUAAAAUAGAACAAUAUAAAUGGGAGCUUGAAGAAAGAACAAGAUUGGACAUAACAGAAAAAUUAAAAGAAGCCAGUCUGUUUUUACAGACACAAGUAGCAUCUCAAGAAAGGUUAGGACAGUUAAGAGAAACUAAUAAUGCUUCAAUAAGAAGUCAAAUGGAACUCCGAAUUAAAGAACUGGAAUUUGAACUAUCCAGAAUGAAAAGUUCUCAAGAUAAUUUUAAUAAAACAGAAUUGGAAAAAUACAAGCAACUCUACGUAGAAGAAUUAAAAGUUCGAAUGUCAUUAACAAAUGAACUGAACAAGACUAAUGAGAAGCUGGCAGAGACCAGUACCAAACUUCUGGUGGAGAAACAGCAAAAACAGUCUUUGAUUAAUACUAUUACUAUGAGGCCUGUCCUAGACUUGCCUUCUGUUAGAAAUAUUAAUAAUAGUUCACUGCUCAAUAGAAAUGUUGCUCCAAGAGAAAACCUAGUGAUUCUUACCCCACGCUCACGGCCUACAAAUAAUGGCAUUGAGACUUUCUUGACCAAGAUGCAGCAGGAGAUGGAAAGGAGUAUAACUAGAGAACUAGAAGAAGCUGCUGCUGAAUUUGAAUCAGACUCAUUGUGUAAGACCUCCUCUUUAGAAUCUACUUGUGAACCACAUGUGAAGUACGAUCUAGUAGUGAAAUCGUCAAAAGAAUUUUUACAGACUUUGAAGAAAAAGUACAUGUUCUGAAAGAUCAAUAAUAAUUCAUUUACUGGAUGUUUGUAUAACAUCUUAAUUGUGUCCUACUAAACGUAUGAUGUGUGAAAAUCUUUAUUAAAGGAAAACAGGUUUGGAUCAUG